AAUUAUACGACAUAGUGUGUAUGGAAGGUAUCUAUGCGUAUGUAACGGUGCAUAUCAAAGGUACAUCUCUGUGACGAGAGCCUAUGUAUACGAUCUGUAUGGAACUGGAAUACAUACACGCACAUCCUGCGCAUACAAGACUUACGGAUACGGUAAUUAGAUACACAUUCAAUCAGUAUGGCUAGAGGGGCGGCAGCCAAAAGCAAGGGGGAGGCGACCAAAGUCAAAGCAAAAGCCAAGCCCAAAUCCAUAGCAAAGACUAAACCUAAAGCAAAAGCUAAAGCGACGACCAAAGGGAUAGGGAAAGCAGUCAAAAUAACCGCAACUACAAUCAAGAAACGUGCAGAUAAGAAGGGGAAAGGGAGUGCUCAAUCGAGCGCAUCGACUCAGAGCGAGUUCGAUUUCAAAGAGAGCCCAGAGGAGAGUUCCCAAGACAGUGCAGUGGCCACCAUAGAAGGAGCUAGCGUUAGUGUUGUUACUGCUAGUCUACCUACCGGUAACAGUAAGAAGAAAUCGUGGGUCUUGAAAGAAAUAACAGGUAGAAUAAGUAAAGACGAGCUCUUGAAGCGUCUAAAGGCACUUCUCGUAGACCUGCAGAAACAGAAGCAGCAUGAAACGGUCAGUAGCGAGAUCGCACAUUUUGCCGAGACUUUGGUAGAUACUUCAUUGCUGAAACACAAGGACAAAGACGUCAAGAUAUACGUCGCGUGUUGUUUGGCAGAAGUACUGAGACUCUAUGCACCGCAGACCCCCUACAACGACGAGGUUCUGGUGGCGGUUUUCAGGUUCUUCAUCUCGCAACUACGGGGUCUUGCGAAUCACCAGUCACCGUAUUUCACACUGGCGUUCUCUCUUCUGGAAGUGCUCGCGUUUGUGCAUUCGUUUGUGCUCUGCAUUGAGCUACCCGAGGCGACCGAAUUGUUCUGCAGUUUGGUGUCGACAUUGAAGGAGACCGUGAGUUCGAAUCACUCCAACAAACUUGUGUCAUACAUGGCUGACAUGGUGGCGGGAAGUCUCAAGGAGAUGGACAGUAUUGAGCCUGAGCUGCUUAUUGCCAUUCUAGAGUCCCUCUUGCCUGACAACAAGAAAGAAAAUCCAAUUCAGUUUUCGCUAUCGAGACUGAUACUUCAGAAGGCCGAAACUGCGAUGCAAGGAGACCUAACCCGGUUCUUCAGAGAGAUACUCACCGGAGCAAACAAAUCACGGGCCGAACUGGUACACGGUGGAAACGUGUACGCACUGCUGGGAGAAAUUAGUGAUAUCGCACCCAAUGCUAUACUUUACGUAUACCCUCUGCUCAAGCAAAUGCUGGAAGUGAACUACGACCCUCAGAUCAAAGACGAGAAGCAGCAAAAAAGAUACCAAGCGACGCAAUUGCUGUGUCGAAUGUUCUGUCGUGAUUCUACCAUGAUCGAAACUCAUCGAGGUCUGUGGGAGCAACUGCUGCAGCGAUUGAAGGACAUAGAGCCAGCCAUUCGGGCGGAGGUGGUGGCACAUUGCAGUCAGUUUGUGACUCGGCAUCCACGUCACGCUUCCGACAUCGUCAAUCGAAUAGGAGAGAGGGUACUUGAUCCUGCCGAAAGUGUGCGCAUGGGCACAGUGCAGGCAGUGUGUUCUACUGCGAUGGCAAAUCCGUCCGUGGUAUCGAAGGAAGUUUUCGAAAGACUCUGCUGUCGGAGCAAGGACAAGAAGCCCGAAGUCCGCGACCUUGCGAUCAAGCAAAUAGGCGAAGUAUAUAAGACUCUACUACUGUGUCAUGCUGGUGAAACUCUCAACUCUGCGGGUAUGAUUGGAAGUCAUGAGCGCGAGUUAUUCGCAGUAUACGGCGCAAUCCCCGAGUUUGUGUUCACUGCGUACGCGACGAGUGGUGCAUCGCCUAUCGACUCCACACAGCGUGUCGCGGAAACUGUGAUACAGAACUGCCUGAUCGAUAAUAAGGCGUCGGCAGAAGAGCGUGCCUUACAAGUGCUGAAUAUGUACAUGUCUCUCAGUGAAACGGGUAUAAAGGCCUACACUCAAUUGAUCAAGCACAAAAUCAAUCUAUUGGGUGUAGUUAAGAAGUACUGUGAUCUGAGGAUCGGACUGAAGAAAGCUGAGGAUCGGGAGGAAACGGACAUCAAGGCCAAGCAACUACUCGAUACAAUUGCAAAAAAUCUCGGUGGAAAUGUAAGCACCAAUUUCGAUAAGCUCUUGAAAAUCCACAAAAGCAAAGAUCUCUCCCUCUUCAAGUUGAUACUCAAAGCCCAGCAAGUCAGCACCACCCCUGAGAAACGACGAGAAAUUCUAUCAGAUGCAGUCACCAAAGUCAAGGAGAAGGACGUUGUGAAAGCCAUCUUCAGUCGUACCUCACUGGUCAUUUUCAGCCAAGAUCUGGUAACGCAUCAGUUGGCGAUCCUGCGCGCACUUGCCAACGAAGACACUGAAUUUGAGAAUGUCGAGUUUGUGACAGUGUGCUCGUUCUUGAAGAUGCUAGCUCAGGUGUCUCCUGUGCAUUUUGAGGCUCAGCCAAUUCUGGAGAACCUCAUUGAUUUUCUAAAGGCUGAAUCGAAUGAAAUAGUUGAUGCUGGGCUGCAAUUGCUUGCCUUGAUGGGAGAGUCUCUGCGCCACGGUAAUGCCAAGAGCCUGCUAGAAUCUACCCACCCUCUGAUGCAUGACAUGGUGCUUACAGGCACUCCCCGUCAGUCAAAGUUAGCGGUUCGAGUGUGGGCUGCGGCUACAGUCAACCCUGACGCGGCUUUCGAUGAAUUGCUUUCUGAGCUGACAUCACCUGCGCGCCUCACUUUCGAUCACGCGUUGAUCUGUACAACUCUAUCAGCGCUGUCCACCAUUGCCGUUGUCGCGCCGCGAGCGUUCGACGUGAACAGCGGCCCGGCUGUGCUGUUUGUAGUCAAAGAUCUGCUUCAAAACAACCGGACCGCUGAAACAGGGGACACAGAUCAUAAGGAGAUUGACGCAAAAGUGUUGGGUGUGAAACUGCUAGUAAAGCGACUAAUCGGCAUGGAUGCCCGUGCAUCAAUUGCUUCGGAGGAAGAGGAGAACAAAUCAGUAGAUGCGUUCAAAAUCACAAACAAGCUCCUGAGAGCACUUAUCGCAAAUAAGCGGUUUUGUCGUGAUCCAAUGAGUGAGGAGGAUGAUGCUAAGUUGCGAUUGGUAGGUGCUAGCGGGUACCUGAAGGUGGCCAUGUGCAAGUCAUACAAACCUCUUCUUCCAGCAAGUCAAAUGGAUCUGCUGGCCCUGACUAUGGAGGAUCCAGAGGAGAGCGUCCGAGAAGGCUUCAGCAAGAAGCUUAUACGAGGUUUAUUCUCAAUGAAGUUAGAUAUCAACUUCCUGGCUCUGGUGCCCAUCGCCGCACUCGAUCCGAACGAGAAUCUACAAAAAUCCGCGCGUGCAUCUUACGUUAAGAUAGUGGAGAAGUAUAAGCAGAUCAGCGCACAGCUGAAGGCCAGUGGAACUAAUGAGCAGGUGCUGCACCGGUUCCGGCCGGAGCUAUCGCUUCCCGUGCUUUUGUCAGUCAUUGCACACAGAGAGGAGGAUGGCAGUGAAGAGGAACGCAUUCAGUCUGCGGUAAAAAUACUUACGUUCUGUCUAGAUGUACUCACGCAUCACGAAAAAGGAUCUCAGGGCGAGAGCUACGACUACUUGCACACUAUAGUGGCACGUGUGAAGAACUGCAAGGAUGUUCUCAAAGAGGAGUCUGAGGACUUGUACGUUGUUUGCGACCUCGCGACGUUGAUGAUCACCAACUGCGCACACCGGAACAUCAAGAACUGGAUUAUACAGCCGUUUCCCUCAAAAAUCAAACUACCCUCUGGCUUCUUCUCUAUGGAUCGGAAGGCGGCAGCGAAUAACCAGUCGUAUCUUCCGGCAGAUUUUGAACUGGGAGAAACAAAGGAAAAAGCAGUCAUAAAGAACAGCAAGGCGAAGACAAAAGCGAUCACCCCCAAGUCAAAUCUCACGAAGAAAGUCACAAAACUUGCCGCCGCGAAUAGUAUGGCGACAAAGAGAAAACGCAUAGAUUCUCUUACCAAAGCACCACAAGUGAAGAAGGAAAAGAUCCCUGUAGCGGCGUCGCGAAGACAAGCACCGCGGGGAGCGAAGCCCGCGAUCGGAACUAUGAAGGUGCAUUCCAAGUCAGAAAGUGAUGAGGAAACGGACGAUAACCUCACAACCAAGAAGGACCAACGCGGCAAAAAUGUACCAGAUCAAUCGGUGGUUGAGUACGACGAGAGUGAGAGCGAGGUGGACGAUGAAACAUCGCCGCCGAAGAAGAAAGCGAAACGGGUAACCAAUGGGAAAGUCAAAGGAAACGAUAAGGCUGACCUAGGGGCAGGCUUCCAAUGGCAACCCACUCUCACAAGUUCAGCAACAUCGCACUCUCAGAGCCCGAUCGAAGCCGAAGAUGGGUUGCUAAAGUCACCCCACAAGCCAAAAGCGCAUGGGAAAGUAGGUGCGAAAGCAAAAUCUAAAGCCAAACCCAAACACAAGGCGAAGAAGGCCUCAGCGCUACAUCCACGCAAGCGGAAGAAUCAACUAGAGGCCAAAGAAGACAGUGAAAUCAACAGUGCGAGCGACGAAGAAACGAGUGAGAGUCAAUAUUCAAAAAGUCCUGCCAAAAAUAUCAGUAGGAAAAUUGAAGACGAAAUUGAUGGAGAUGAUAGCGAGGACGAAAAUGUGCGAGGCAAAGCUCUCUACGACACAGCCAUUGAGGAGAAAGAGAUUGACAUACACGCCCCAAGGCAGAUGAGAAGCCGGCCUACAUUGGCCUCGAGUGCACAGAAAGUCAGCUCGAACAAAUCAUCUCCGAAGUUUCUAGCAAAGAGACUCGCCAAGGCGAGUGUGGCAACCACUGCCGCAGCUGAGAAAGCCAAGGCUAACUUCACUACGACAAAGUCACAGGCUAUGAGAACGUCGACUCUCAAGGUGACGGAGAAGGCUGGCGGAGAUCACGAUGCUAGCAAUACCUUUGACAACGAUGAAGGCGAAAAAAAAACAAUCCAAAGUCUCGAAUCGGAAGCUAAACGGAGUGGGCACGAAUCUCAUGACAGAUGCGAAUGCCACAAAUACAACAAAAGCUCAACAAUCGUCCAAUGCGAACAACCCCUCUGCGAUGACAAGAAAACUCAGUCCAGAACUGGCUGUUGAACAGCCUAGGUCUAAACGUCGAAAUAGAACCGCGAGACAGUGAGCUUCCAGUCAUCAGCAAUUGAUGUUCCACGCGGUAAUGAGAUUAUGUCAAUACUACAGCGACAUGUGAGGAGAGAGCGAGUCUGAUCCGCACACCUUUAUUGAUUCUGGAUUCUUUCACCCGGAAUCAACAUUCUAUGCGCAAAAUUAUGAAUAUCAAAGCAGAGUCGAUAUAUACUGUAUAAGCUACAGAACAAUUCAUGUUUAACGCGCUUGGAGCGUCGCCCGAGAACAUGCCAGACUAACUAUAUCGCAUACUCGAUUUCUAUAUAAUACACACGAUAAUCCUACUACUACAAUGAAUUUCUC